AUGAAGCAUAAACACUGGAGAGAAGCUAUGUUCACGGAAAUGAAGGCUUUGAUGAAGAGUAACACGUGGGUGAAAGUGGCCAAGAUCAACACCGUGAGAGUACUUUUUUCCAUUGCCGCUAACAAGGAUUGGCCUAUCCAUCAAUUUGACGUGACUAAUGCCUUCCUCAAGAAGAGAGAUGGCAAGAUCACGUGUCUGAUCGUAUAUGUAGAUGACAUGAUCAUUACAGGAGAUGAUGAAGAGGAAAUUAGCGAGUUGAGAAAGAACUUGUUCAAAGAGUUUGAGAUGAAAGACUUAGGACUCCUCAAGUACUUUCUGGGAAUAGAGGUACUCCGAUCAAAGAGAAGGAUCUUCAUAAAUCAGAGGAAAUACAUACUAGACUUACUGGCCGAAAUUGGAAUGAUAGAUUGCAAACCAGCAGAUGCCCCAAUAGUUCAGAAUCAUGGACUACAAUUGAAAAAAGGAGGAAGACAGGCCGACAGGGGGAGAUAUCAGAGGUUAGUCGGGAAACUGAUUUACCUAUCACACACCAAGCCGGACAUUGCCUAUGUCGUGGGAGUAGUAAGUCAGUUCAUGCAUGCACCUCAAGAAGAGCACUGGGAGGCAGCUUUGCGGAUAGUUCGAUACUUAAAAGGGACACCCGAACACAGACUCAUGUUUGAGAAACAUGGUCACAUGGAAGUUCAUGGUUUUACUGAUGCUGAUUGGGCUGGCAACCCAAAUGAUAGAAAGUCGACCGCCAGCUACUUUACCUUUGUAGGAGAUAGACACUUCAUCAAAGAGAACAUUGAAGCUAAAGUGGUGGAGAUUCCUUAUGUAAAAUCCGAAGACCAAUUAGCUGAUAUUCUGACAAAGGCGGUGAACUCGAAGUCAUUCCGAGAGAUUAAGAAAGUGAUUAACAAAGUAUUUGGUUCAUAUAUGUAUUUGUAA